AUGAAAAGAUUUCAAUUUAAUUGGUAUCAAAUUUGUUGCCUCGCACUAAUCUGUCUUGUCUUUUUCUUUCAGAAGAAAGUACCUGAUUUUGAGAGAAGAAAAUGUUUCUGUAAAUCUAAAAAAAGUGGAAACACCUAUGAUUUUUGUUAUGAAAAUCCGCGGAACAAGGAAUCAGUGGGAAAAAAGUUUGAUUGCAGUUUGUUGGACUCUUUAGAGAGAUUGGGUAUCAUCAACGAAACUGCUCGCCUGCCGAGCCUCAGAUCAAUCAUCAACAACGAACCUGAUCUGGUGUUCAUUUCCUCAACAACCAAUGAUCACUUGGAUCUCAGUCUCAAAUCCUUGUAUUCAAUCCGAAAAUUUUACCCACGUCACAAGUACAUCCUAAAUGGAAUGAAUAUCAGUGCAUCCUACUCUGAAAAGCUUCCAAAGAAUGAUAAGUAUUUCGAGUUUCGGGUAUUCAACACGUCUUUAUAUCCGGAAUUUGUGAGCAACUGGUCGACCUAUAACUUCAAGGCAAUAGUGAUGGCCGAAAUGCUCCAAGAGUUCCCGGCGGUUUGGUGGAUAGAUGCUCAUAUUGGAGUCAUUAAACCAAAUAUAAUUAGGAAUCUAUAUGCGGAUAUCAGAUCCGAAAGACUUACCACUGAUUAUGCAACUGUUGUUGGAGCCACUGAGACUAACCAUUCCAAUUUUGCAGUUUUGAAUUCAAAACUCUUGAAAUUCUUUCCCACAAGCUCGCUAGAGCUUCUGAAACGGCGCACUCAAAUUCAAUCCGGUAUCAUCUUUCUUGCACGGACCAGAUAUACCAUGAAACUUUUUAAAUGGUGGGUACUCUGCUCUCUCACAGAAAACUGCAUGAACCCUCCCGGAUCUCAAGUCAAGUGCAUUUUCGAGCGAAAUUGGUGCAAGUAUCAGGCUAACUGUUUUCGAUAUGAUCAGUCUGUGCUCAACCUGUUACUACUCAACAACUUCAGUGAAAUUCAUAAAUAUUACUCUGCAAAAUUAUCUUCUUCCUUUAUAAGAAAUGAUUGA